UUGAAAGUGACCCCCUCAGACUCUAGCAGAGCAGCGACGCUGACCGCACACAGCUGUUCGGAAUCAUGACAGAAGAUGACGGAUACCGUUGUCGUGGAGGGCCAAGUUAAACUUCGAGAUGGGAAAAAGUGGAGAAACAGAUGGGUCGUUUUGAGGAAACCGUCCCCGGUCGCAGACUGUCUGUCCCUGCUGGUGUACAAGGACAAAGCAGAGAGGCACAAGGGCCACCGUGAGCGCAGCUGCCUGACCCUGGGGGACAUCUGCGGCCUGGAGCUUGGCCUGAGCUACGAGGGCGUGGGCUUCACGCUGGCCAUCAUCAGCCUCACGCAGGCCGUGCUGCUGGGCUUCGACCGCAGGGAGAACCUGCUCACCUGGGACCUGCGCAUCCGCUACAGCCUGGGGGAAGCCCACAGGUUUAACGUCCAUGUCCUCCCAGGCACCAAACUAGAGAGUGGACCCGCCACCCUUCAUUUGUGUAACAACCUGCUCGUCGUCACCAGGGACCUCCCUCCGGUUGUUGCCGGCCAAUGGAAACUCUCUGAUCUGCGGCGGUAUGGAGCAGUGCCCAAUGGCUUUGUCUUUGAGGGCGGGACUCGCUGCGGCUGCUGGGCUGGAGUUUUCUUUCUUGCCUGUGCAGAGGGGGAGCAAAUUAGUUUUCUCUUCGACUGCAUCGUGCGAGGCAUCUCUCCCAGCAGGAGUCCGUUUGGACUGAGGCCUGUCCUGCCAGAAGCGGGCAGUAAACCAAGCUCGUCUGAGGAAAAGAUCCAGCAGGAGGCCAGUGAGCUGGAGAGACGUCUCAGUAGACUGUCCACCUGCAGUCGCCAGAGCAGCACAGCGUCCACCUGCAGCUACAGCACGUCUACAGCGGGGGAUGACUGCAGCAUGUCCAGCUCCUCCUCGGAGGCCAGCCACUCCGACACCAGCCUGGGCAGCCGCCUGACCCUCUGGCCCGAGUCGUCCAAGCGGCCCCCGACGCCCCUGACCAGCGCCGUGUCCUCCAGCGUGAUGGCGUCCCGCACCUCCACGGCCACCUCCAGACGCACGUUGACGCCGUCGCUGAGUGCCGAGGAGAGCCUCUACGCGGCGGUCAUGGGCGGCGCAGGCGGCGCGAUCCUCCGGCCUUCCUCGUCCGCCUCCUCGUUGAAGCUGGGCCGUGGGCGCGGGCUGAGGGACGCCGGACGCCAGGGCUCCACGGACAGUGGCAUCGCCACCACGGGCAGCCACUCGUCCUACUCCGGAAGCUUCUCCUCGUGCACGGGCAGCCUGGACAUGGCGGCGGUCGAAGCCGAGGAGUUCGGCUCCCUGCUCAGCCUGCCCCCCUCGGCCUCUGUGUCCAGCCUCCUCGGCCCAGUCGGGGUGUCCGGCACGAGAGCCAGCAUGGAGCUCAGCUCCUCCUCCUCCUCCUCCUCCUGCUCCUGCUCCGUCUCCACAGGGACCACACCCACUCCCUGGGCUCACGCUAGCAGCUCGGAGUACCAGGUGCCCCCUGUGGCCAGAGACCAAGAACUGCCAACGCCGCCACCAACACCGCAGCUCCCGUUCUAUGACACCCCGAGACGCAUCCUGCCCCCGAGCUUGCUGACCAAGGACUGGACUGGCCUCUGCGGGGCCGCUGGGGGUCAGGAUCUAGGCACAGGGCUGCGUGAGGCUCAGGCUGAGGCGGGUCCUCUGGGCCACGAGGGGGGCAGUAAGUCCACGCUGGCCUGGGCAGGCCUUCCCAAAGGCUUUCCGGUCCCUCCCCAAGCAGGCUUACCGAGCCCAAACACCUGCCCAGUGUGUAGAGGCACAAAGUGCAGCCACUUUUUUGAUACUACCUACAUCACUCAAGAGCAAUGCGUGUCAGCUAGGAAGUGUUCCACACAGGGAACAGACUCUAUGCAACAUGGUGGACUACCUGCACCUGCACCAUCGUUUCCUGAAAGGAGUCCAAGUCAAAUGUCCGCUGUUUGUCCCUCAGCUGUUGAGCAUAUGAAAGAGCCUGAAAUGGUUCCAGGAACCCCGGAGUUUGAAGAAAGAGGCCGGUAUGAACUGAUGGGCACCUACGCUCAGCUGCAGAGGAUCUCUCGAGACACGGAAGCCAGCUUGCUGGUGAAACCUCCAUUUUUCAUCGGCUCCCCGAGGCUUCUUCGGCAGGCAUCUGUGUGCGCGGAGGCAAAGGAGAACUACGAGCGGAUGGCCUUAACCUCCGAGGCACAGCGUAGAAGUGACCUUCCAUCUGGAGACGGUGGUGCAGCACUGCCAUCUCCAGUAGAUGCCACCAGAAUGCCACCAUCAGACCGGUUUCUUGGGGACGGCGUCAACUAUGUGAACAUCCCCAUCAGCCCAACGUCCAAGAGGCAGCUUCACUACAUGGAACUGGACCUGCAGGACCUCCAGGAGCCCACUGCUGCAGUCAGGGGAGGGGGCUCCACUAAAUAUGCCCAGAUUGACAUCACUGCCAUGGAGGCUGCACAGAGAGUGGGUGCACAGCACGCACUAGGACGAGAAGAACGCUUCCAGGAACUAGAGCAGAGGAAGAAAGGGACAAAGAACUGAGACACACUCACACGCACCCACAUACACACGCGCAUACACACACACACGCGCACUCAAACGGUUCCUCCAAUAUUCAGCACUGUCUCUACUGGUCUGAUUAGUAGUAGAUCCCUAGACACACUGCCUUCAGGCUGGCGGUGCUGUUGGGAGAUACAGAGAUAGAAAUGUGUGUAGCUUAUUAGAGCCUAAUCAAUUGCAAUUUGCUCAUAGAAAAAAGGAAGAUAGACAUAUUUACAGGGCAAAAGGUGCAUAAAUGCAUAAAAGUUGCAUGAGCUUUGAUGACGAUAAAGAAUCUUCCAUCUACAUAAAGAAUCUACAUGUACAUUUUAACACUAAUCGUGAGGAAAAUGUUACACAUUUAAGAGAUGUUCUUAAAACAUUUAUUAGUGAAGCUUUUAAAUAGCUGUGAACAACCUUAGGUAGCCACUGGACAUAUAUUUACGCGGUAAUGGUCUGCUGAUGAGUUAAUAAUGACUAGCUUUCCGAUGGGAAACUGAAGGCACUGAAGUGCAUGUAUUAAAAUUACCACAAGGCCUGAGGCCAGACAAGCGCAGCCUUCAAAUUAAAGAUGCUAAAGAGAGACAUGCAAGACCUUUUAUGCUGCUGUGAUCUCUUCAAUCAUCUGAGCUUUCCAAGACUCAUUUUAGCCUUAAGCGCUGUUUUUACAUACAACUUUUUAUACAAUCACGUCUGUACUUUACAGAGACAAACAAUCCAAUGGUGUAGUAGAUUAUGUAGUAUGCCUGUGAGUAUGUGUGAAGGGUCGAGGAUUAUAAUAUUAUUCAUACUUUUUGUACAGUGAACAUAGACAGCAUUGUCAUAUAUGCAGUUGCAUGGACUGAAACAAUACUCGUUUAUAUAAAAAAACACCAAUAUUAAUGAUUCAAAGUGUGUGCUGGAAUCUGUAUCUAUCUUUUAGGCCAUAAAUUCCAAUGUUUAUAGUUAUUAUUUAUAGGAUUGAAAGAUUGCAUUACAUGGAUGAAUGAGCAGUGUCUAUGUGAGGAAGGAACAUAAACCGCAUAGACUGAAUGCUUUUUAGGUGACCAAUUCCGACUUGGACAUUUGAUUGGUGCAGAACUGUGUACAGUUAACUAUACAAGCUGUAUAUUUACCUUAUAUUCUCACAAAAUAUUUUUAUUGUAUUAAAGAUUAUUUAGCUAUAACCAUUGUAUAAGUGUUGUGUUUUAGUAUGUACCAACCACUGAAUUAAUCACAAUAAAUACAUUUUAGUCUG